CUUACUUCCUCAUACAUAAACUGUGUGAAUUCUCCCAUUUUUGUCACAACGAAAUCUUGUAUUCUGAGAAAGGAUCUACUCUUUAACCUGGAAUUCUAGUUACAGACUUGGAUUGUUCCAGCUUGACUUGGACCAAGCAUUGAGCAUUGACGUGGAUCAAACAUCUGACUGUGAGAUGAUUUCACUUCUGUUCACCCUUGUGAUUUACAACAUAGCUUCUGGCUUCACAAAAGUGAUGGAAGUGACCCAGCCAGCAUUCAUAGUGGUAAAGAGACUAGAGGCCGCCCACUUUGUGUGUGAAAUCAAGAAUGUUGGCAAUGCUGAAGACCUAAAGGUAACUUUACUUAAAGAAGAAGACAAUAAGUCAACUGAGAUCUGUGCCUCACCCUUUAGUACUACUGGGGUCACACCGUGCAGCAAGAAGGAUAACAACAGAUGCCAAAUUGAUCCUGCUCGUGAUAGGGUAAAUGUAACGCUUUUGGAUCUACAGUCAAGUGAUGCUGGUUUGUAUGUUUGCAAGAUUGAACGGAUAUACCCUCCACCCUACUACCCAGUCAAAGGAAAGGGGACCCAGCUGUUUGUCAUUGAUAUAGAUUCAUGCCCAGAUAAACAUCUCUAUCUUUGGAUCUUAAUACUAGUAGCUUCUGGGUUGCUUGGAUACAGCAUUUUAAUCACGAUCUUCAUUAUGAGAAAGGUGGUCAGAAAGAAAAGUUAUUUUUCUCCAGGGACUUAUGAGAAAAUGAUACCAAUGUAAUCAGAAAGAAAAAAACUUCGGUGGAAAAACUUCUAUGAAGUGUCAAUGAAGAGAGUGAAUUUCCUAAUAGCUAGGAAUGUAAUUAUAAUUUCCAGAUAGGAUAAUAAAAGGCAAGGCAAUGUAUUAACAUAAAAAAUGCCGAAAUUACCCAGCAAAGCUAUUGAAUAAUUGAACUCAUUUGAAUGCACCUAUACCUUUCCCCAGAGCAAGGCCCAGUGUACUUCUCCUUGUGAAAGAUUGCCACAAAUUCCUUUAUGAUUGUAAUAGCAUUACAUUUAGGACCCAUUCAGUCCAAUUAGUGGAUAAAAUAUUUUGUAGAGUGCUCCAUAUCAGGGUGCAGGUGGGGAUGAUGACUGCCUGGCUGACGGCUUUCGAAGCUUGACCUUUCCAUAGACUGUAUAUACUUGAUUGUGGUCUUUUCUUUUUAUAACAUUUGGCUGUUUUAAAGAUUUCUGGUAGAAACAAACCAAGGCAAUCUGGGACCACGGAGGAAGAGAGACAAGAUCAGUCCUUAACAUAACCAACUGAAUAAAAUGACAGCAACAAAGCCAAAUCAGAGUAAGGACAGGAAGCCUAUGCUCCCAAAGAUGUUUCCUGAUGAUGCCAGCUAGAUCUGACUAUGAGAUAACAUCAGGAAUCUACAUCAGAAUAACAAAAUUCCUUCUGCCCUUACUCCAAAAUUCAUAAACAUUUCUCCUCACCUGCCUCCUCUUAACUGCUAAAUGUGAAUGUAUUUAUCACUACCAAAUGUUUUUAAAGUCUGUGCUGCCCCUCCACCAUAGACCAAGGUUUAUAUUCUAAUAUUAGAAGUAACACAUUUUAUUUCUUCCAUGAAAGAACUUUUCAUAUUUCUCUCAGGUGGGGGGAUGCUCAGAAGUAUACCAGCCUUCUCUUUCCCUUCAAACACUUUCAUUUUCAGCAUCUGUUCUGAGCUUCUAUGCUUCAACCCCUACUUUGCUUCAAUUUCCUUUUGC